GUUGGGUGGGACUAUAUCUGCAUACAAGAUAGUGCCAGACGAAAUAGAAGAAAUCAAGGUAUGGUUGUGCAUUUAAGAGGAACUGAAGUGGUGGCGGAUGCACUCUGCCCUAUAUUUCAUGCAUCAAGCAGGAGGAGGGGAGGAGCUGGAACGCACCUCCCAAGAUACUCCAAGGCAGGCCACGAGUUCACCCACUCUUAGAAUGUAUAUAUGGACUAAAUAUCUCAAAACACACCACCUGUUGGAGACGCUGAUAGAUUGGUGUGAUGAAAAGGAACUUAAUUUGAUUUUAACAACUGGAGGAACAGGGUUUGCACCACGAGAUGUCACUCCAGAGAAAUUCCCAACAUUCCCAUUAUGUGGGCUCCAGAGAGGGGCCACUAAAGAAGUAAUAGAGCGAGAAGCCCCAGGGAUGGCCCUGGCAAUGUUGAUGGGAUCACUUAAUGUUACUCCUCUGGGCAUGCUCUCUAGACCUGUAUGUGGAAUCAGAGGGAAAACUCUCAUAAUUAAUCUGCCAGGUAGCAAGAAAGGGUCACAGGAAUGCUUUCAGUUUAUACUGCCAGCCCUACCUCACGCCAUUGAUCUUUUGCGAGAUGCCAUUGUAAAAGUAAAGGAGGUACAUGAUGAACUUGAAGAUCUACCUUCACCACCACCUCCUCUUUCUCCUCCUCCAACCACCAGCCCUCACAAACAGACAGAAGACAAAGGAGUACAGUGUGAGGAAGAGGAGGAAGAGAAGAAGGAUAGUGGAGUUGCAUCAACAGAGGACAGCUCCUCUUCACAUAUAACUGCAGCAGCCAUUGCAGCUAAGAAGCAUCCAUCCUACACCAGUUCAGCUGUUAUCAUGGCAAAAGGUGAACAGCCCAUUCCUGGUCUCAUCAGUUAUUGCCAUCACGCAGCAGGCAGUGCAGGAGAACCGAUUCCAGAUUCCAUUAUCUCUCGUGGCGUUCAGGUGCUCCCACGUGAUACAGCCUCUCUCAGCACUACCCCUUCAGAAUCUCCUCGUGCCCAGGCCACCUCUCGUCUCUCCACUGCAUCCUGCCCAACACCAAAACAAAUUAGACGACCGGAUGAAAGCAAAGGAGUUGCUAGUAGAGUUGGAUCCCUCAAACUCCAUCGAAAGCUGGAGGAGCUCAGAGAUCACCUAGAAGGCAAUGUCAAAGGAUGCUCUCUCCGAGUAAAUGCUCGGCUCCCUUCGUGCUCAUCCACCUAUAGUGUUUCUGAGGUCCAGUCCAGGUGCAGCAGCAAGGAGAACAUCCUCAGAGCAAGUCACAGUGCUGUUGACAUUACCAAGGUAGCAAGAAGACACCGCAUGUCUCCAUUCCCAUUGACAUCUAUGGACAAGGCCUUCAUCACAGUUCUGGAGAUGACCCCAGUGCUUGGAACAGAAAUCAUCAAUUACAGAGAUGGAAUGGGCCGAGUCCUUGCUCAAGAUGUAUAUGCAAAAGAUAACCUACCACCAUUUCCAGCAUCAGUAAAAGAUGGCUACGCUGUCAGAGCUGCCGAUGGCCCAGGGGAUCGAUUCAUCAUAGGGGAAUCCCAGGCUGGUGAGCAGCCAACUCAGACUGUGAUGCCUGGUCAGGUAAUGCGAGUUACAACAGGUGCUCCAAUCCCAUGUGGUGCUGAUGCGGUGGUGCAAGUGGAAGAUACAGAACUCAUCAGGGAAUCAGAUGAUGGCACUGAAGAACUAGAGGUUCGAAUUCUGGUGCAGGCUCGACCAGGCCAAGAUAUCAGACCUAUAGGACACGACAUUAAAAGAGGUGAAUGUGUGCUGGCUAAAGGAACCCAUAUGGGUCCCUCUGAGAUUGGUCUCUUAGCAACUGUGGGAGUAACAGAAGUAGAAGUUAACAAGUUUCCAGUGGUUGCAGUCAUGUCAACAGGGAAUGAGCUACUGAAUCCUGAAGAUGACCUCUUACCAGGAAAGAUUCGGGACAGUAACCGUUCAACUCUCCUAGCUACCAUCCAAGAACAUGGCUAUCCAACAAUCAACUUGGGAAUUGUGGGAGAUAACCCAGAUGAUUUACUGAAUGCACUGAAUGAGGGUAUCAGCCGUGCUGAUGUGAUCAUUACAUCAGGAGGUGUAUCAAUGGGAGAAAAGGACUAUCUUAAACAGGUGCUGGACAUCGAUCUUCACGCACAGAUUCACUUUGGCAGAGUUUUUAUGAAACCAGGCCUGCCAACAACCUUUGCAACUCUGGAUAUUGAUGGCGUAAGAAAAAUAAUCUUUGCACUCCCAGGCAACCCUGUGUCAGCUGUUGUUACCUGCAAUCUCUUUGUUGUUCCUGCACUGAGGAAAAUGCAGGGUAUCCUGGAUCCUCGGCCCACCAUUAUCAAAGCCAGGUUAUCAUGUGAUGUAAAAUUGGACCCCCGCCCAGAAUACCAUCGGUGCAUACUGACCUGGCAUCACCAAGAACCACUACCUUGGGCACAGAGUACAGGGAAUCAGAUGAGUAGUCGUCUGAUGAGUAUGCGCAGUGCCAAUGGACUGUUGAUGCUACCUCCAAAGACAGAGCAGUAUGUGGAGCUUCACAAGGGGGAGGUGGUGGAUGUCAUGGUCAUUGGGAGGCUAUGAUGUCACCAGCAAGAGCGAAGCUUUGAUGCAUGUCCACAUAUCAUUGACUGUAUCCUGUAAUAUGCAAUGGCACAGCUAGUUUUUCUGAUUUGGAUAAAAGUUGAUCAGUAUAGUCAACAUCUUGAACUAUAUUUCAAAUGGAAUUUAAAUAAAUACCUUUUAAAAAAAAACUUUAAAAGCAAAUCUUAACAAAGAAAUUUAUUCUGAUUAUAUCAAAGCAACUUUUUCCUUUCCUUGCAAUUGCUUUGUGUGUUCAAUGCUAGUUCUAAUAGCGGUAGCUUUUAGUAGACAGCAGUAGGUGCCUGCAGAACUUGUGUUUUUUCUCAUCUUUAAGAUACAACUACUUAUGCUCUUAAAACAAGGCUGUCUGCUUAUUUAUACUAGCGUAGACAACACUUGGAUUUCCCUUAUUAGUAUGCUUCAUAACCGCUUCACUGAGCGCUUCUGCUUGUUCUUUAUCUUGUAUCUCGUGUUGAUGUGCACAGUGCCAAAAGCAGAGUGGCUGCACUGGGAACCCGAUGAAGCCCCGAGGUUUUCCCACCUCGCUGUGCGUUCAGGGAUCUCUCUUGUCCCAGCAGCCACCCAGCUCAGUACUCUUGGGCAGUAACUGGAUACCUUUUCUUUCAACAAACAAAAAAAAUUGCUUCCUCAAGUGCUGACAGCCUUUUUAACCAAUACAUUUAAAAAUGUACAGAACUAAAAACUAAAAAAAAAAUCAAAGACUGAUCUUGUACAGAUAUUAGUGUUACCAGCAUUCGUGUGGAAAUUAAAUGAACAAAGAAAUAAAACUAAUGUUAAACAACUCUGUACCAUAACAUUUUCUGUAAUGAUAUUGAAACUUAAAUGAAUAAAAAAAAUCCUCAAUCAUUAUUUAAAA